UAAUACAAAAUUAUAGUUUGAUUGGUGGAGGAUUUUUGAUAGAAUCAUUGGAGGAUAUAUCGUCAUCAACUCUUGUGGAAACAACCCUAGGAACGUUUUCCACGUAUUCAUUAUUGCCUUCACUGGCCUUCUUCCUUCCUUCAGCACUUCAUCUUCAUCUUCAUCUUCAUCUUCAUCUUCCCCCAUCGAUCCACCUGCAAAAUGAUGGAACUCCCACAAUCCCCCAUACCUCUAGCUCCAUUACUUCUUCGUAACAUUCUGUUACCCUUAUUCAUCUACACCGAUAAAUCUCUGUUGAAUUUGACCCAUAAAUUCAAACUCUUCGAGAUCCUUCGUUAUACCCUCGUCACCGCCUUCGUUUUCUUCCUCAAAAUCGUUCCUACCUUCAUCCCUUCUUCUCUUAAUCCCAAUCAUACUUCCGAUUUCUCAGAUAUCGAUUCUGAUUCCAGUGGUAUUUGGGUACCCUUUUUGAAAGGGGCCGGAAAGUGUAAUGAAACCGCCGAUAGUAGUUUGGCCGGUGAUACGUGCAUCGCGCGUGCGCUUUCUCAGUUACUGGCUAUUGUUAAUGAGAUACCCGUGAGUUCGAGAAAGUAUGAUAUCGUCAGGUCGUACGCCGAGAAAUUGAUGGAUGAAAAUCUCGAGGAAGGGUACGAGUCGUUACGGAAGGUGAACGCCACGGUUCUCUCCGGCGGGUUUUCACGGGCCCUUGGACAGCUGGAAUCGUUGGCGGUGGCGGAAAGGGUGACGGCGAGGGAGGUGGUGGAUGAAGCGAGUGGCGGCGAUGGUGGAGAAGUGGUGAAAAAGAGCGGUCGUGGUGGUUAUUUUGGGUUGAACCGGGCUUUUAAGACGGUUGGGCAUUACGGUGAUGCUGCUUGGACCCGGUUCAUGAAACGGAAACCCCGAGUGGGCGGUUCGGCUGAGAAGUUGUCUGCUGAGUUGCUUUGGCUGGCGCAGAAACUAGCGGCUUGUGGGAGCGCUGAUGAAGCUGUUCGUCAAUGGGCUUCGGCUACUAAGUUGGCCUCGUUUGCUCUUUCGGCUCAGCUGCGGCUACAAGGAUCUUUAGUCAAACUUUCUGGGUACAUGCGAUAUCAGUAUUUCCGAUCACAUGUAGCGUUAUUGUUCAAGCAAGCAACGUGUAUGGGUAGUGAAGACGAUGAUGAGGGCCACAUGGAGGAAUUAAGGAAGAUCAAAAUGAAGUUGUUGAUGUCAUGGAUACCGUUCAUGUGUCGAGCGAGUAAUGGCACGGACACACCCGUACUGAGUUUUCACGAGAAACUCGAGCUUGAAAGCGUGUUAGGAGAACUGAUAGGGUCGUUAAAACACGAAGAAGAGCAAGAAAAGGUGUUGGCCUUAUGGCUUCACCAUUUCACACAUUGCCAGUCCACCGAUUGGCCCAACCUCUACCUCUACUACACCCGUUGGUGCGCCACUUCCCGCAAGCUCUUGAUCCUCGAGGGAAGAUAAGUGCACACAGGGAAAUGAGAACAACCGUUCAACGUUUAGCAUCGAAACCGGUGGGUUCUGUUAAAAAUUCUUCAAAAAUUUAAAGGAAGAUGUAGAAUAAGGGUGUGUUUGGUACGCGGAACAGGAUGGGACAGGACCGAAGAUAUAUUAUAUGGUUUAAUUUAUUUGCAUUUAAUGUGAAUUUGUUAUAUAAUAAGGUAUGGCCUACAUUUUAUGUUUGUGGGAUUAUGUAUAAAGAAAAAUGUGGCAUGGUGCAAUUCAUGUUAAACACAUGUUUCUUUCUUUUCUUGUUUAUAGUUUACUGGUUGAAUCUAGACAUUUUUAUGC